AUGGUCAAUGUUACAUUUCAAAUACAAAUGUCUGAAGAAUUUGCGGUAGGAUCAAUGAUUAUCCUUGUCUUCAUUUUUGCAGUUGGAUUGUGCGGCAACGCCAUAAUCUGCUGUUAUAAAAUUAAAGAUGGUCGAAAAAUGAAAGUGCAAGAUAUUCUCGUAUUUAACUUAGCGUUUUCUGAUGCAUCCUAUGUAACAUCAAGUUUUAUAGGGCUAUUCCAAAUAUUUUUUCGCGUUUAUCUUAAUCAACUUCCAAUCUAUAAAUCAAAUACAUUACUUUGCCGACUCAAUAUCUGUAUUCCAUUUUAUUUUGGUGUGGUCAAUGUAUUCUCUAUGGCACUAUUAGCUAUCGUUCGCUAUCUGGCUAUUAAUAAACCAAGAACGUUUUUAUCCCUAUCCAGAAAGUCCUACUCUUUGGUGAUAUUCUGCUUAAUCAACUGGUUAGUACCUGCUCUUCUAGCAUUUCCUCAAGCUUUUCGUUUAUGGGGUGGUGUUACUUAUAUUUCGGAUGUUGGAUUUUGUUAUACCAUUUAUCAUUAUAGCCAAGGAUUAAAUAUCAUCAUCUUUUUCACAACUGUGAUUGUCGGCGUUAUAGUUGUUCCUUUGACCAUUAUAUUUCUAUGCUAUUGGAAAAUCUAUCAAGAAGUACGCCGAAAUCGUUCAAGAAUUGCCUAUCAUGACAACAGACCUAAUGUAAUCUUGCCAGCAACUCAUGAUAAGAAUAGAAGCCUGAGAGUCCGUGCCCGAUCCAACUCAAUUAAAAGUUUUUCUAGAAAGCGAGAAAUCUAUGUCGCAACCACUUUAUUUAUUAUUUUAUUAACCUUUACCUUAUCCUACAUCCCUUAUAGCAUUAUUGCUAUCAUAGCAUUUUUUCGAAUCUCGCCAUAUCAGAUUAGGGUUCAUCUCAUAUUACUAUUUGUAACAUAUCUUGGUAACAUUGCUAAUCCCAUUAUAUUUAUUAUUCGUAAUAACGAUAUUCGAAAAUGGUUAAAGCGGCUAUUUCCAUCUUGUAGUCUAUUUCAGCUUUACUCUACAACAAGUAUUGCUGAUAUCGCAACUCAAGAUAGACGAGUCUAA